AUGAUUUUAAAAAAAACCAAUUUGGAAAAUGACGUUUCGCGGCUCCAUCCCAGGCACCGUCUUUGUCUAUCUUUAUAUCUAUAUCUCUCUCUAUAUAUCUAUCUAUUAAUCUUUUCUAUCUCUCUCUCUUUAAUGUAUUUAUAUAUAUAUAAUAUCUUUAUAUCUAUAUCUCUCUCUAUAUAUCUAUCUUUUUUUUCUAUCUAUAUCUCUCUCUAUAUAUCUAUCGUUUCUGUCUAUCUAUCUUUUCUCUCUAUAUAUAUAUAUUAUAUUUUUCUAUCUAUAUCUCUCUAUAUAUAUUCUAUCUAUUUAUCUAUCUAUAUCGAAAAUGUUUACUUUCAAACUUAUCUUGCUACAAUUCCCCCUCGUCUCUCUCUCUCUCUCUCUCUCUCUCUCGCAUUGUACGGUUCUUUUUUUGCCUCCUCCUCGCUAUUUCAGGAUCUCCGCCGUUUCCCUCCUUCCUUCUCUUCAUCUACUUUUUCUCCUCCUCCCCUGUCAAUCUAUCCCCUUGUCUCUUUGUACCUAUCUAUCAAUGUGUCUCUGUAUUUAACUAGCAAGAACUUUGUACCUAGCUCGCAAUCUCUAAUUGUAACGAUCAAGCCAUCUAGCCAGCAGUCUGUUUCUUUGUUCCUAAUUACAUAG